AUGGCCACCACAGGUUCAAAGUUGAAGGCAGCGAUCUUGGUAGUGUCUGAGACAGCUUCCGAAGACCCAUCAACCGAUAAAUGCAUACCAGUCCUCAAGAAGGUCUUCGGAGAUCUCGGAAAUGACCAAUGGGAAGUCAGCGAAACCGAGAUAGUACCCGACAACACUCUCGCAAUCCAGAAGACUAUCAAAUAUUGGACUGACGGCCCGGAGCCAAUCAAUCUGAUCGUUACAAGCGGAGGUACUGGUUUCGCAACUAAGGAUGUCACUCCGGAGGCAGUUACGCCGCUGAUUGAUAGACAUGCUCCUGGUCUUAUACAUGGCAUGCUCACAACUUCAUACGCCGUCACGCCGUUUGCACUUAUGGCGAGACCUGUUGCUGGAGUGCGAAAGAAGACUUUGAUGUUGACUUUGCCUGGAUCGCCAAAAGGUGCCAAAGAAAAUCUAGAAGCAGUUCUGAAGUUACUACCCCAUGCGUGCAUCCAAGCCGCCGGUGCAGAGUCGAGACCGCUGCACGUCGGUGGUGUAGAGAAGCUCGAGAAAGACGCGGGUAUUUCUUCGGGUGGCGCUACUGCAGAAGAGCGUCCCCAGUCUAAUGAUCCUUCCGCGGGACCAACUCGCAGAUAUCGAUCGUCGCCGUACCCUAUGUUGGCAGUCGAAGAUGCGCUCAAGCUAAUCUCGGAGCAAACCCCAGCUGCUGCAGUACUGAAGGUGCCAGUAGACAUGAGACUUAGUGGUUCGGUCCUUGCCGAGGACGUCAAAGCCACUGAGUCUGUCCCGGCCUUCCGAGCUAGCAUUGUCGACGGAUACGCGGUCAAGAUCCCAGCGACUGGCAAGUUCGAAAAGGGAACUUACCCUGUUUCGAUCAUAUCCCAUGCACAGCCUGGCGAAGUUAAGGAAUUGAACGAAGGCGAGAUUGCCAGGAUUACGACUGGAGCCCCGCUUCCUCCUGGUGCUGACGCUGUGGUCAUGGUUGAGGAUACAGUAUUGAAGAGUCUGACCGAAGAUGGAAAGGAAGAGAAGGAGAUUGAGAUACUGACUGAUGAGAUCAAGCCAAACGAAAACGUACGAGAAGUCGGCAGCGAUGUCAAAGAAGGCGAGAUCAUUUUGAAGAAAGGCGAAGGUGUCACAGUCGUGGGUGGCGAGUUUGGCCUCCUUGCGUCUGUGGGUACGACAGAGGUGUCAAUCUACAAGAAGCCUGUCGUCGGAGUCCUAAGCACAGGAGAUGAAAUCAUUCCACACAACAGGGAGGGCCCGCUGCGACUCGGAGAAGUACGCGAUACCAACCGUCCCACUCUCAUCACUGCCGCACGAAGCCAUAGGUUCGAAGUCAUCGAUCUGGGUAUCGUCUCAGACAAGCCCGGCACUCUUGAGCAGAGUCUCCGUGACGCGAUGCGCAAGUGCGACGUUAUCAUCACCUCUGGUGGCGUCUCGAUGGGCGAACUCGACUUACUUAAACCAACCAUCGAGCGCUCUCUCGGCGGCACGAUCCACUUCGGCCGUGUCAACAUGAAGCCAGGCAAGCCUACCACCUUCGCUACUGUGCCUGUAAAGGACAAUGAUGGAAAACCUGUUACCAAGUCGAUUUUCUCGCUUCCUGGCAAUCCAGCAUCAGCCGUUGUGUGCUUCCACCUAUUCGUAUUGCCUGCGUUGCAUCAGCAAGCUGGAAUAAAGCCACUCGGACUACCAAGGAUCAGAGUUAUAUUGGAUGAGGAUGUGAGGAUGGACAAGGGUCGUCCAGAGUAUCAUCGUGCGCUUGUCGUGACGAAAGAAGAUGGGUUGCUAUACGCCAGCUCAACGGGCGGGCAGAGGAGUAGCCGCAUCGGCAGCUUCAGAGGUGCGAAUGCGCUGCUUUGUAUGCCACAAGGCGAAGGUAGCUUGAAGAAGGGAGAGAAGGUGGAGGCACUGCUCAUGGGGAAGUUGGGUGAAGUUGAGCGAUGA